GCUACUGCAGCUCACCAGCUUCCCCAGCCACUUCGCCCUCUCGUAACACCCUUCUCCCUAAUCCGAUUUCUCUGGCCGCCUUUCCCACUCUCACUCUCUGCCUCCCCGCCCUGCCUCCUAGCUCCUCUCCACCUCCGCCUCUCCGAAGAGCCCGGGCAGCGUCUUCUCCUCGCCUCCUCCCUCCGUGCAUCCGCCCCUUGAGCAACUGGGCUCGGUACUCCCAGCGCGUCGCCGGCGCUUGGCUCCUCCUCGUCCUUCCUCGCGUGAUUUUUAUCGCGUCCAUUUUUGUGCAUUUAUAAAUAAAUAACAGUCACAUUAAUUACUCUUCCUCCACCUGGCGUCGAUUGCCCCGGGAGCCAGAGCUCCGCACCAGGAAGCAGCGUCGCUCCGGGCCAGACGGGGAGGGGGCGGUGCAGCGAGCCGGCAGGAGGAUGUGGAGCGGUCUCCCGUGACUCCAGCUCUCAGUGCGGCGAUGGGUUAGGCGGCGUGCAUCCGGCAGCCGAAAGAAGAGCAGCCGAGCGCGGCGAAGGCGGCGAGGCCCGCGCAGGAGCAGCUGCAGGAGGCGGCGGCGGCCGGUCGCGGCGCCCCCCACACAGCGCCCUCCAUGGACCUCCGGGUGGAAUUAUGAGCCGGCUCCAGCUGCCGGCAGCUGGGACUCGCGCAGCCAAAGGGGUUUGCCCCCGCCCGCUCGGCGCUCUGUGGAGGCGGCUGGGCUCCUUUCUCACACACCUGCAGCCGCCGCCCUCUUCGGACUCUUCCCCCGGUGCCGCCGGGGUUAGCGUAAGCUGGCAUCGCGCCUUCUCCUGGGGUGAAUCCCGUCUCUCCGCUGCCUGUGUGGCCGGCCCUCGCUGCCCCUGCCCUCAGGUCUCCGGCCGUUCCAUUGCCCCGGCCCGGGUCCCCAGGCUGCCUCUUCAUUCUGCUUCUGCCCCCUCCCCGCGCCUCGCUCCCCUGGCCCUGCUUCCUCCCCUCCGGAGUAGGCAGCGUGCGUGUGAGGCCGGGCUUCCCCGGUCAGCCCCCUCCCCGGGGCGCUGUUGAUUCAUCAGGCGGGCCAUUGAUCAGCCAGCGCUGACUUGUAUGUAUUGCUCCCCGCGCCGGCGGCUGCCGCUCCUGCCGCUCCAGCGAGCCCCGGCUCUCCUGUCGCGUGGCUGAGCUCCGCCAAACAUGUCGGCUCCCCUCGGACCCCGGGGCGGCCCUGCGCCGCCUCCGCCUCAGGCUCCUCAGGCAGAGAUGCCCGACCUCAGCCACCUCACGGAGGAGGAGAGGAAGAUCAUCCUGGCCGUCAUGGAGCGGCAGAAGAAGGAGGAAGAGAAGGAGCAGUCCGUGCUCAAGAAAUUACAUCAACAAUUUGAAAUGUAUAAGGAGCAAGUGAAGAAGAUGGGUGAAGAAUCGCAGCAGCAGCAGGAGCAGAAGGGUGAUGCCCCCACCUGUGGUAUUUGCCACAAAACAAAAUUUGCUGAUGGCUGUGGCCAUAACUGUUCAUAUUGCCAAACUAAAUUCUGUGCACGUUGUGGAGGAAGAGUAUCUUUACGCUCAAAUAAGGAGGACAAAGUGGUAAUGUGGGUAUGUAAUUUGUGCCGAAAACAACAAGAAAUCCUCACGAAAUCAGGAGCCUGGUUCUACAACAGUGGAUCAAAUACACCUCAGCAGCCUGAUCAAGAACGUAUUAGAGGGCUGCGGAACGAGGAAGCACCUCAGGAGAAAAAAGCAAAGCUGCAGGAGCAGGCUCAAUAUCAAGGACCCUUAGGUGAUAUAACCACACCAGCUUUGGACAAAAAUAGAUCUCAACCACUCACAAGACAAGACUCAAUUAAAAAUGGCUCAGAAAUGAAGCACCAGGUUGCAAGUGACAUAACUUCAGACAGGAAAAGAAGCCCAUCAGUAUCGAGAGAUCAGAACAGAAGAUACGACCAAAGGGACGAGAGAGACGAAUACUCACAAUAUGCUACAUCAGACAGUGCAAUGCCAAGGUCACCAUCAGAUUAUACAGAUAGACGAUCACAACGUGGGUCUCAGCUAUACGAAGAACCUGAACUUGGUGACUACAGAGAUUCUAACAGAAGAAUUCACAGACAUUCCAAAGAGUAUUCUGUAGAGGAAGAUGAUGUGCAGAACAGAGAGGAAUAUGAGAGGCAGAGGCGAGAAGAGGAAUACCAGGCACGGUACCGAAGUGAUCCUAAUUUGGCUCGUUAUCCUGUCAAACCACAACCAUAUGAGGAACAAAUGCGUAUUCAUGCUGAAGUGUCCCGAGCACGCCAUGAACGAAGACACAGUGAUGUGUCAUUGGCAAACACUGAACUGGAAGAGUCCCGGAUAUCUAUGUUGAGGAUGGAACGACCGUCAAGGCAAAGAUCUAUAUCUGAGCGCAGAGCUCCCAUGGAAAACCAACGUUCCUAUUCGGUGGAAAGAACUAGAGAGGCUCAGGAACCAAGUCCCAAUCGUCAGAGGACAACAAAUCAUAGCCCUCCAACACCUAGGAGGAGUCCAAUUCCUCUGGAUAGGCCAGACAUGAGGCGCACUGAUUCAUUAAGGAAACAGCAGCAUUUGGAUCCCAGUUCUGCUGUUCGGAAAACAAAACGUGAAAAAAUGGAAACUAUGUUAAGGAAUGAUUCACUCAGCUCAGAUCAAUCUGAGUCAGUAAGGCCUCCACCACCAAAGCCACAUAAAACAAAAAAAGGAGGUAAAAUGCGUCAGGUUUCAUUGAGCAGCUCAGAAGAAGAAUUGGCUUCUACUCCAGAAUAUACGAGCUGUGAUGAUGUAGAGAUUGAAAGUGAAAGUGUUAGUGAAAAAGGGGACAGUCAAAGGGGAAAAAGAAAAACUAGUGAGCAGGCAGUUUUUUCGGACUCUAACACCUUAUCUGAGAGACAAAAGAAAAUGGUGUGCUUUGGAGGCCACUCUUUGGAAGAGGACUUGGAAUGGCCAGAGCCUCAAGUUAAAGACUCUGGGGUAGAUACGUGUAGUAGCACAACUUUAAAUGAGGAGCAUAGCCAUAGCGAGAAGCACCCUGUGACCUGGCAGCCAUCCAAAGAUGGAGAACGUCUAAUUGGACGAAUUUUGUUAAAUAAACGGCUGAAAGAUGGAAGUGUGCCUAGAGAUUCGGGAGCAGUGCUUGGAUUAAAGGUGGUAGGAGGAAAGAUGACUGAAACUGGUCGCCUGUGUGCAUUUAUUACCAAAGUGAAAAAAGGCAGUUUAGCUGAUACCGUGGGGCAUCUUAGACCAGGUGAUGAAGUGUUAGAGUGGAAUGGAAGGCUAUUGCAAGGAGCCACUUUUGAAGAGGUGUAUAACAUCAUUUUAGAAUCUAAGCCUGAACCACAAGUGGAGCUUGUUGUUUCAAGGCCAAUUGGGGAUAUUCCCAGAAUACCUGACAGUACACAUGCACAACUGGAAUCCAGUUCUAGUUCCUUUGAAUCUCAGAAGAUGGACCGACCAUCUAUUUCAGUAACUUCUCCCAUGAGUCCUGGCAUGUUAAGGGAUGUCCCACAAUUCUUGUCUGGACAACUUUCAAGCCAAAGCCUUAGUAGAAGAACAACGCCUUUUGUUCCUAGGGUUCAGAUAAAGCUGUGGUAUGACAAGGUUGGUCAUCAGUUGAUAGUCACAAUAUUGGGAGCAAAGGACCUUCCUUCAAGGGAAGAUGGGAGGCCAAGGAAUCCUUAUGUUAAAAUUUAUUUUCUUCCAGACAGAAGUGAUAAAAACAAAAGAAGAACAAAAACAGUAAAGAAGACAUUGGAACCCAAAUGGAACCAGACGUUCAUUUAUUCUCCAGUUCAUCGGAGAGAAUUUAGAGAACGAAUGUUGGAGAUUACCCUUUGGGACCAAGCACGUGUUCGUGAGGAAGAAAGUGAAUUUUUAGGAGAGAUUCUUAUUGAGCUAGAGACAGCACUAUUAGAUGAUGAACCUCAUUGGUACAAACUUCAGACACAUGAUGUUUCCUCGUUGCCUCUUCCCCAUCCCUCACCAUAUUUGCCACGUAGACAGCUCCAUGGUGAAAGCCCUACCCGGAGGUUACAAAAUAAAGGCUUAUAUUCAUAUAAUUCAGGGUCCAAAAGAAUCAGUGAUAGCGAAGUUUCUGACUAUGACUGUGAUGAUGGAAUUGGUGUAGUUUCAGAUUACCGACAUAAUGGAAGAGAUCUUCAGAGUUCAACGUUAUCAGUGCCAGAACAAGUAAUGUCAUCCAAUCACUGCUCUCGGUCAGGGUCCCCUCACCAUACAGAUAGUAUAGGUCGGACUAGAUCUUGGUCUCCUAGUGUUCCUCCUCCACCAAGGAAUGUGGAACAGGGACCUCGAGGGAUUCGAUCUACUCCUGCACAUUAUAAUACCAUGAACCGAAUGGAUAGACAUCGUGUAAAAGAUGACCACUACUCCCCAGACAGAGAGAGUCAUUGUUUCACGCUACCUCGCUCUCGAUAUACUCAGUCAUUUGACCACCAUCACAGAGAUACCAGCAAGGAUUGCACAAUGUAUCCUCUCUUUUGUGAAGAUGCAAUCAGAUUACUUCAUUCCCGAAAGAUGUGUCGUACUUAUUCUGAGGGUGCUUACUAUGAUCUUGAGAGGAGGACUAGGCAGGAGAGAAGAGUGCCUAAUACAUAUUAUGACGACUCUGCCCAUACUCCUGAAAGGUGGUACAAUGGUGCAAGUUCAUGGGCAGAUCAUGUAGUCAAUGGUUCAGCUGAAAACUAUGGGAAUUGUGAAGCAGCAGCUAGACAGCCAUAUCAAAGAUCCAGAUCAACUGAACAGCGUCCUGUGCUAGAGCGGACCAACUCCCGCUCCCGAUCCACAGAGCGUCCUGACUCAAACCUCAUGAGGUCGAUGCCUUCAUUAAUGACUGGAAGAUCUGCCCCUCCUUCACCUGCCUUAUCGAGGGCACAUCCUCGAACUGGGUCUGUCCAAACAAGUCCAUCAAGUACUCCAGUAGCAGGACGAAGGGGCAGACAAUUACCACAGCUCCCACCAAAAGGGACACUGGAGAGAAACAAUGGAGACAAGGAGAUAGAACCUUAUGAAGAAGUUACAUGGGAGGACCAGCAGAAAAAGGUGAAUGGUACAAUAACUGAUGACAAACCAUUGCCGAAAAAGAAACACCAUUCUGAGCCAGGUGGUAUGGAUGUAGAAGAAAGAAAUCGCCAAAUGAAAAUAAGCAAGUACAAACAGGCAGCAGGAUCAGACUCCAGGCUGGAACAAGAUUACCAUUCUAAGUAUCGUUCAGGACGAGAUCCUCAACGAGGCUCAGACAAUGUUUCCAAUAAGUCUUCAGACAGUGAUGUCAGUGAUGUGUCAGCUGUAUCGAGGACAAGCAGUGCUUCUCGUUUCAGCAGCACAAGUUACAUGUCUGUCCAAUCAGAACGACUGAGAGGGAACAAGAAAAUAAGUGUCUUUACAUCCAAAAUGCAAAGCAGACAGAUGGGCGUCUCAGGAAACAACAUGACUAAGAGCACCAGCAUUGGCGGAGAGAAGAAUGAUGGCAGCCAGUCUGACACAGCAGUGGGCACUGUGGGCUCUAGUGGCAAAAAACGACGCUCCAGCAUUGGUGCAAAGAUGGUGGCGAUUGUGGGUCUGUCACGAAAAAGCCGCAGCACUUCUCAGCUCAGCCAAACUGAAGCGGGUGGUAAGAAGUUACGGAGCACUGUCCAGAGAAGCACAGAAACUGGGCUGGCUGUGGAAAUGAGAAACUGGAUGACACGUCAGGCCAGCCGGGAAUCCACAGAUGGCAGUAUGAACAGCUACAGUUCUGAGGGAAAUUUGAUUUUCCCAGGUGUGCGGUUGGCCUCUGAUAGCCAAUUCAGUGAUUUUCUGGAUGGACUUGGCCCUGCCCAGCUAGUAGGACGCCAAACUCUGGCAACACCAUCUAUGGGUGAUAUUCAGAUAGGAAUGAUGGACAAAAAAGGACAGUUGGAGGUAGAAAUAAUACGAGCCCGUGGCCUUGUUGUAAAACCAGGUUCAAAGACACUGCCAGCACCAUAUGUAAAGGUGUAUCUAUUAGAAAAUGGAGCCUGCAUAGCCAAAAAGAAAACAAAGGUAGCAAGAAAAACACUGGAACCUCUUUAUCAGCAGCUUUUGUCAUUUGAAGAAAGCCCCCAAGGCAAGGUUUUACAGAUAAUUGUUUGGGGAGACUAUGGACGUAUGGAUCACAAAUCUUUUAUGGGAGUGGCACAGAUACUUUUAGAUGAACUGGACCUGUCAAAUAUGGUGAUUGGAUGGUUCAAACUUUUCCCCCCUUCCUCCUUAGUAGAUCCAACUUUGGCUCCUCUGACUAGACGAGCUUCCCAGUCAUCGCUUGAAAGUUCAACAGGACCCUCUUAUGCUCGCUCAUAGCAGCUGUGAAACUGUUGUCAUAGCAACCAGCGUUACAAAAAAUAAUUACAGGUCGCAAACCCUGGUAACACUGCAUGCUUAAUGUUGUGUCUUCUGAGCCUGUUUCUAGGGCUACCAAGCGAUCCUGUGUUCUCAGAGGAAGUUGCACACAUUGUGCACUAAGGAAGGCCCUCAGGUGAAAGAGUGGAAGUGUAAAGAACUAACAGAUUUGGAGUUAAGUGACAUUUAAUUUUGAUCCAAUCUGAAGCCAUGGAUUAAACUAAAAGAGUUAAUGUGUUUCAUGCAACAAAAGUCCUUUUCAAUGGCAUAUCUAUUUUGUUGCUCCCUUUUAACUGCCCCCAAAGCCUAAUAAUACCACAGAAAAGAAGCUAUAUCCCUCCUCCAUGAAGCCAUGUUACAAAUCAGUGGAAUAGUAGACAUCAGAAGAACAACAGAAGAAUGUAAGACCAUUGAAAAAGAAAUGCCAGCUGUCAUAUGGAGAAGAGACCAGAGAAAACUCUUCGUAUUAGAAUGCUUUAAAAGUUAUUGUGGCAGGCUUCAUAACUCCAGCUAUUGCUACAGUGAAAGCCCAGAUGUGAUGGACUCUCUGAAAAAUAAAAAUUCUUUGGAUAUACUGUACUGUAUUGAAAUUAAAGAAACUUUUUUGCAUGGACACAGAUUUAGCUGAACACUUAAAUUAUUUUCUUGGGGCUGCAACUUGCAAAAAAAAGAAUAAAUCAGCCAUUUUCAACAAUUUAUAUUAUUUUUAAAAGUAAAUUUCACUAGUGCAUGGUUUUAAAGGGGAGAGAAUGCAACAGGGUGAUACCGAGACACACCACCUUUAUCAUUCUUUAAACCAAUCAUGAUCUGUGUUUUUGCAGACAUAUAUUAAAAAUAAAAGAUGAUAAUUUCUAGCUAAUAUUUACAAUUCUGUUUGUGACAAGAAAUAAGUAUAAUACAUUAAAUUUAUUUAAUUGUAAAAGGUACAAACCUUGUAAAGUUCGACAUUAUGUGCAAAUUGUACACUUCUUCCUCCUUUCUCUCCUGAACCUGAAUCUUCCUUUCGCUCUUUCCCCCCUCUUACUUUCCAGGAUGAUCCAUUAUAUCCUAGAACUGCUACCUUUUGACAUAUUACUCUCUUAUGCCCCAUAUUCAGUUCAAGGUUGCAGAUGAUCUGCAUUUUUGAAUUCUUGGACAAAAAUAUUGUUUAAGAGCUUACUUUUUUCAAGCAUGUUGAAAAGGAUUUUGCAACAUGGCUUGGGAGUACAUUAAAGUAAUUCAGCAUGUAUUUGAUAAAGAAGAUAUUUGAACUUUUUGCAAUUAAUUGUACAGUGCAUGGUAACUUAUUUUCAUUUUUUUCUCACCUUCAAAUUGAAUUCUACAGCAAAAUACUGGAGUUACGUGGCCAUUGUAAGAUGUCAUUAAUAAAUUUUGUUUUCAGUACCAGCAUCAUUCAUUCAAGGAUUGAACUAUAAUUUCUUGAAGGUUUUGGAGAGAGUAAAUAUGAACCAAUUGUUUGAUUUUUAGGAACUAAAUUUCACCAUUUUUUAUUUGCACUGAGCCAAACAAAUAGCUACAUAUUUGGAGUCAUAGCAACUAACAAAGGUUAUAAAAUUCUUCAUUAUUCUUCUGCUGUAAAUUUCUGUUUUUCAUUGUCUCUAUUUGUGAUAGCCGAGGUUUAAUAAGUGAACAUCGGUCUGCAUAAAAAUAUCAAACUUUGAUUUGUAAUUGCCUUAAAAACAGUAGAACAAGUACAAUCAAACAGUUAUUUGACAACAUCACCACGAUUCUAGAUGCAAAGUCAACAGAUGAUGUCUCCAGGCAGCAGGUAUUUAUUACCAUUAGGUGGUGUUGCAAGUCCAGAUUUCUCAUUCAUUUCUCAUAUAAAGGGAAGGUAACUGGCUAACAUUUAAUGAUAAACUUUCUCUCUUUUUCUGCGUCUUUAAAUGCCUUUAAUACAUACUUAUUAUUUAAUGUUGAAAACUUGCAAUAAUUAUUGAAAUAUACAUUGCAUUUAACUUUAAAUUAAGGCCAUGCACACAGAAUUAUUCUGAUUUUGUUUGAAAAUGUAUUAAUGCUGCCCAUUAAAAACUGUCCAUGUUUCAUAAGAGGGCAAAAGUAACAACAGUAUCACUUUAUAUGCCUUUUAAUUUAUGUGGUGCAAUAUGAUACACAUCAAGAAUGUGUCUUGUCAUUCUAAGAUUAUAUGAUGGAACAAUGUUAUGCUAAUGAACAGACUGGUAAAACUGUUUACUGAAAUAAUUUAGACACCUGUGUACCAGCAACAAAUAAAUGCUAAAGACAUACAGUCUAUGAUAUUCCCCAGAAUUUUUUUAAAGUACAACUGUUUUCCUAAUACUAUCAGAUGCAGUCACACUUUCUUUUAUUCAUAUUCCUAUAUAAAUGAUUUCUGAUUUUGAAAAGGAAGACAUGACCAUAUGGAAGGAUUGUAUAUACUUGCAUUAUGCAGUAUUUAUUUUAAAAUGUAAUGUAUUUUUUUUUAAUUUUCAAACAUCUGCAAUUCUACUUAUGGUUUAGUCAUGUAAAUAGCACUAUUCCAGUGAUCACUGCUGUCUUGUACAUAGUACAUUUUAAAAAUUAAAGGGAAUUACAGUUGGGAGAAAAAGGGCAGAUUAGGCCUGUAAUGAACACCAACUAAUGUAAAUCAAAUUCAUUCUGGUGAUGGUAUUCAACACUUUAAA